AUGUCGACACCGCAGUCCAAUGUCCAUCGCGCUUGGUGGAAAGAAAGCUCUGUUUAUCAAGUCUGGCCUGCAUCCUAUAAAGACUCCAAUGAUGACGGUAUUGGUGAUAUUCCAGGAGUAGUCUCCCAGCUUGAUUAUAUCAAGAAACUUGGUGUGGACAUCGUCUGGCUAUGCCCAUCAUACAAGUCCCCUCGUAUUGAUGAAGGCUAUGAUAUUGCCGAUUAUUACACUAUUGGCGAACAGUUUGGCACGGUCGCAGAUGUUGAGAAUCUGAUUAAGGGUUGUCAUAAUCGAGGAAUGAAACUCAUCAUGGACCUAGUUGCCAAUCACACCAGCGACCAACAUGAAUGGUUUCAGAAAUCGCGCAGCUCCAAGGGCAACGAGUAUCGCAAUUGGUAUGUCUGGAAACCAGCUCGCUAUGAUGAGCAAGGAAACCGACAUCCUCCCAACAACUGGGUCUCGCACUUUCAAGGAAGCGCUUGGCAGUACGAUGAACUCACCGACGAAUAUUACUUGCAUCUCUACGCGGUAGAGCAGCCUGACUUGAACUGGGAGCAUCCGCCUGUAGUUCAGGCCGUACACGACAUCAUGAGAUUCUGGUUAAACAAGGGUUGUGACGGUUUCCGAAUGGACGUUAUCAACUUUAUCAGCAAAGACCUACGCUUCCUGGAUGCACCUAUCAAGGACCCCCGUACCCCGUGGCAAUGGGGCGACAAGUGGUAUGCAAAUGGUCCCAGACUGCAUGAGCAUCUUCAAGGUCUAGGCAAGAUCCUCAAGGAGUACGAUGCUUUCAGCGUUGGUGAGAUGCCUUUUGUCAAGGAUGAAGCGGAGGUUCUCAAGGCCGUUCAGUUUGACCGCAACGAGAUCAACAUGAUUUUCAACUUCGAGCAUGUCGAUAUCGACCAUGGAACUUAUGACAAGUUUGAGCCCGGCGGUUGGAAGCUCACAGAUCUGAAAGACUUCUUCCAACGCUGGCAAACUUUCAUGUAUUCAAACGAUGGCUGGAAUGCCCUUUACUGGGAGAACCAUGACCAGCCUCGUAGCAUUGACCGAUACACACAUGCGAGUGAGGAAAAUCGCGUGAUCGCAUCCAAAAUGCUGGCUACCGCUCUGGCGCUCCAAUCUGGAACACCAUUCGUUUACCAAGGACAGGAGCUGGGAAUGCGAAAUGUUCCUACAUCAUGGGGCAUUGAGGAGUACAGGGAUCUCGAUUGCCUAAACCAUUGGCAGAGGAUCGUGAAGGAAAGAGCCGACGAUACUGAAGCUCACACAAGUGCUCUUGCCGAGUACCAGAAGAAAUCCCGCGACAAUGCUCGUACUCCAGUUCAAUGGUCGCCUGCUCCAAAUGGAGGGUUCACCGGUCCCAAUGUCAAGCCUUGGAUGUCGGUUAACCCAGACUACGUGAAAACCAACGCCGAGGCCCAAGUAAACGACCCUCACUCUACCUACAACUACUGGGCAUCCGUGCUUGGACUUCGCAAGAAGUACCUUAAUAUCUUUGUAUACGGAGACUGGGUGCUUAUUGACGAGCCAAACCAAGAAGUCUUUGCAUACACUCGGCAGUAUGAGAAUGAUAAGGCACUGAUUGUGUGCAAUUGGACAGAUAAUAGCAUAGACUGGGACGCCACCAGUAACGGAAUCGACGCUGUCAAGGCGGUUCUUCUGGAUAACUACGAUACUGCGGCAGCUGUCCAACAUUUCACUGGUGGGAAAUGGUCUCUGCGCCCAUACGAAGCUGCUGUUUUCCUAGUUUGA